AUGGGCAUUCCUUCCGAGUACAAGAAAACAGCUGAUGAUAAAGAUUUUCUUCUGUAUGAUAGUGGAUCUAGUGAGCAGCGUAUCUUAUUUUCAACAUCUACAAACAUCAGCCUACUGGAGAAUUCAGAUGACUGGUUUGGAGAUGUUGGAAGUAAUGCAGCGAUGGUCGCCAUACUUGAGCAGGACACAGAUGAUGGUUGUCACCCAUGGGUGUUCUUCAGCAAGAAGUUAACAGCAACAGAACAGAAAUACUCCACUUUCGAUAUGGCGCUCCUAGCAGUCUACAGAGCCAUCCGCCACUUAUGCCACAUGCUUGGAGGAUGA